AUGGGAUGGAUCUCCGAUCGGUUUAGGAGGCAUGUCACCUUCUCCAAGAGGAAGGGCCUCUUGAAAAAAACCCAGGAGUCUUGCUGUCUCACCGGCGCGACCAUCGGCGUCAUCUGUUUAAGUGAGGCAGGAAAUCCUUUCACCUUAGCCUACCCUCCUCCGGCCGAUGGUAAAGACGGAGAUGAUGGGCACGAACGACUCCUCUCCAUCAUGCAGCAGCACUACGACCAUUCCGGGACGAGGCUACCCGUGGCCGUGGAAGAAUCCAAAUCCAUUUUAGAGGAGAACAGCAGCAACGACCUUCCACAACCAGCGGCAAGCAACGACAGCUUGUGGUCAUCGCUCGAGCCGCUGCAUGGUGGUGGUGUUAGAGCCUCUGAUUGUGUAAUAAAAGAUGAGCCAGAGGUGGGUCUGUUGGGUCAGAUGCAAAGCAUGGAUGAGGCAGAGAUGCAGAAAAGCCUUCUCUGCCUCAUCCAUGCUCUACACAACCUUUGUCUGUCGCUGGUUGUGGAAGGCAUCUGCUGUUGUUCUCAAAUGGAUUUGGAUUUCGCCAGAGGUAAUCUCAUCUCGGAAUGA